AUGGCAACCCGCUCCUGGCCGCCCUCUCGAACCCGCUCCCCUAUCGAUCAAGGGGACCUGGGACCCUUCCUUCCGCCAGCCGCCCCUAUCAAGCUUGGGGAAGUAUCCCUUGAGCGCGUCACACGCCUCCUCCUUGGCCUCCUUGGCCAAGUCAAACGCCUCAAACGGGAAGUCGGGGAAAUCAAAGAAGCAGGGAUUGAAACCCGCACCAACGUCGAAAACAUAUCCCAAGCCGUCAAUGUUGUCAAGGAUGGGCUUAGAAGCCUCCAGCUCCACGGGCCCCGGACCCCAGAUGUCGCACCACUAGUCCUUCACACACACCGUCACCAUUACCUCCCGCACUCCUCCUCGUUCUUCUUCCCGGGCAUCCUCCCACGCUGGCCGGUCCUACCCCACACAUUCCAUGGCAACCCGCUCCCGGCCGCCCUCUUGACCUCCCCUGAGCUCGGCAAAGUUUCACUCGAGCGGGUUAUCCGCCUCCUCUGGGGGCUCCAAGCCCAAGUCGACCGCAUUGAGCGGACCCUCUCGGAACAAACAGAAAUUAGCCGAGAGGUUCAAACCAACGUCGAGAAUAUCUUGCAAACAGUCGAUGUUGUCAAGGAUGGGCUUGUCCAGCUCCAACGCGCCCGGGGUCCCUCUACCCCAGAAGAACGAAAACCCCCCGCGGUCGAGGAAACUCCCAGGGCCGUGCCCAAAGCCGAGCCUGUUGGCAAGGCUCAACCAUCCCUCGGGGCCCCAGCCCCCAUCAUUUCCACAGGGGCCCCAAGGCGCGACCCCCUCACCCUCUUCAACCCCUAUCCUUCCUCCUCUUUCCCUUCGGGACCGGCUCCAGCCACCCAAGGACCUCCACCAGCGCCUGUCAUCACCCCGGCGCAGCCUCCAGCCCCCUCCACUGUAAAAGUGGAUCACCCAGAUGCCUUCAAAGGCAAGAUUGGCUCAGAGGCCAAACAAUGGCUAACACGCAUGCUAGCCUGGGUACGCCUAAAUCAAAGGCAAUUCCCAACGGACCUGGAGGUUCUCUCCUUCCUCCUCAUGAACAUGGAGGAAGCAGCUGGGGCUUGGGCCCAUCCCCACUUGGACCAACUGGGGUCCCAUCGCGCACUCAUCCAAACCGUGGAUGAGUUCAAAGUUGAGUUCCUGGCCACCUUUGGCAACCCAGAUGCAACCAGAGCAGCGGAGCGGAAGAUCACCUCCCUCACUCAGACCGGCACUUGUGCCGAAUAUAUUACUAAGUUCCGCACGCUGCAAAUGGAACUCGACUGGAACGAUGCCGCACUUUGCGGCCAAUUCGCGCAAGGGCUCCACUGGGAGGUCCGCAAACAAAUUGCCACGAGGGAAAGGCAACCAAGAACUCUGAGGGAGCUACAAGAUGCCGCCCUCAUCAUUGACAACGCCCUCCGCAAGGAGCGAGCCAGCCACCCGCAACAGGGUAAUAAGUCUGGCAAAACCUCUUCCACCCCCAACCGGGGGGCGAGUACCGGCCAACAGGCCACCAAAACCGGUCCCCUCUCCUCCGAUCCCAAUUACGUUUCGGAGGAAGAGCGCAACCGCCGCCGCGCAGAAGGUCUCUGUGUCAAAUGCGGCAAACCCGGGCAUAGAUUUGCCGAAUGCCGGACUGGAUGGAGGGCUACCCCUAAAGAGGACAAGGGGAAAGCCAAGGAAGCUGCCAAGAUUGGCGAAGACUCCAAGUACCAAUUGGGAAAAGAAAUUGCACCUCUCUUCACAAUUCCAAUACGGCCAGAAAAAACAGCGGAAACAUUAGAAGUCCUGAUUGACUCAGGCGCCACGUCAUCAUUCUUACACCCUUGCACCGCGGAAUCACUCCGCCUUCCACUCAUUGAUCUCCCCACUCCACGUACCGUUACUAUGCUUGAUGGGUCGAGCCCCCAGGCAGGAAAAAUCUGGAAGAAGGCAGUACUCACCUUCACCUAUGAUGGCAAAAAGAUGACGGAAACCUUCCUCAUCUGUAACACUGGCAACCAUGCGGCCAUCCUAGGUUUGAAAUGGUUAGAUGCUCAUAACCCGGAAAUAGAUUGGAACACGCGCACCCUAUCCUUCCCACACACUCCGCCAGAACAUGUGGCCAUUGCCGAAGAGGAAGAAGCUGAUCAGAACCCUCUUGAAGGAGUACCCUCCAAAUACCACCAAUACGCUAAGGUAUUUGGAGAAGAAGAAUUCAACAAGCUUCCCCCCCAUAGGCAUUACAAUAUUGGGAUCGAACUCACCGAAGAAGGCCCCCUCAAUUCUCCCCUCUAUAGUAUGACAGAUGCCGAGGAAAAUCCGCCCAAGCAAAUCUUCAAUCAGUUCCCCCGUCAUGUUGUUCCAAAGAAGGACGGUUCCCGCCGCUUGGUUGUCGACUACCGCCGCCUUAACAACCGGACAAAGAAGAACGUAUACCCGUUACCCCGUCCAGACGAUCUUAUGGCCCAGCUCCGUGGUGCCAAGGUUUUUACCAAACUGGACCUAAGAUGGGGUUACAACAACGUCCGCGUCAAAGAAGGCGACAAAUGGAAGACCGCGUUCCGAACCAAGUAUGGCCUAUACGAAUCCCUUGUCAUGACCUUUGGCCUGACCAAUGCCCCUGCCUCAUUCCAACAUUUCAUGAACAAUCUAUUUAAGGAUUUGUUGGAUGUAUGCGUCAUCAUCUACCUUGACGACAUCCUGAUCUACUCUAAGGAUGACGCAUCUCACACGCAGCACGUUCAUGAGGUCCUAAAGCAGUUAAUGGAGAAUCAACUGUUUUGUAAGGCUUCCAAGUGUACGUUCCACGUCACCUCCGUGGAAUAUCUAGGGAUCAUUGUAUCGGAUAAAGGUUUUAGCCUGGAUAAGCUCAAAAUCCAGGCAGUACAGGAAUGGCCGGUCCCCACAAAGGUCAAAGAGGUCCAAUCGUUCUUGGGUUUUGCCAACUUUCUCCGCCGAUUCGCUGCCAACUUCAGCCACAUGGCUAGGCCACUACACAAUUUGGUGAAGAAGGACACGCCAUGGAAAUGGGAUACCAGGGAACAGGAAGCCUUUCAGGGUCUUAAAGACGCUAUCACCAAUGCCCCGGUUCUUUGCCACGCCGACCCGACAAAGCCUUAUUUCCUAGAAACGGAUGCAUCAGGAGCAGCCCUGGGGUCUAUACUCAGCCAACAACAGGAAGACGGCCGCCUACACCCAUUAGGGUUCCUAUUGGAAUCAUUCAAAGGUGCCAAACAAAAUUACGACACCCACGAUAAGGAACUCUUGGCAAUCAUAAGGUCGUUUGAAUACUGGCGUAUCUUCUUGGAGGGGACCCUACAUCCCAUCACCGUCUUCACAGAUCACCGGAACUUGGAAUACUGGAAGGAGUCCCGUACCUUUAACCGUCGUCAUGCCAGAUGGCACUUACUCCUUGCCGGUUACAACUUCCAGAUUGUCUACCGCCCAGGGAAACAGUCCGGAAAACCCGACGCUCUAUCCCGCCGAUCUGACCAUGCCGAUAUUCCCCCUGCAAACCAGACAAUGCUUCCUGACCCCGUAUUUGCUAACGUAGCCCUGGUGACUCCCAAAAAAGAACUCCAACGUCAAAUAGAGUCCGCCCUAGACCAAGACAAAUCACUGGAGGAAAUAUUACAAUUUCUCCAAAAUGAGUCAAAGGUGCCCCCCUCAAUCAAACGAGCUUUCAAGGACUACCAGAUGGAGGCCGGGUUACUAUUCUAUCAAGGACGUAUUGUGGUCCCAGACGUCGGAACGCUGAGGACUGAUCUACUCCGUAUCUUCCACAAUAGUCCUCUGGCAGGGCACCCAGGAAGGCAGCGCACUCUGGAAUUGAUCUCGCGAAACUACUAUUGGCCUGGCAUCCGUGCAGACACCUACUGGCACGUUGAUUCUUGCAAAACCUGCCAGCGGAUUCGGAAACCCAAAUACGCGUCCAUUCCCCCUCAACCAUUGGAACUACCAUCACGGCCUUGGCAACAUGUGUCUUAUGACAUGAUAGUGGAUCUACCCAAAGACGGAAACAAUGACUCCAUCCUGGUCAUUGUGGAUAGCUUUACCAAAUACGUGAUCCUGGUGGAAUGCUCCAAAAAGCUCAAAGCCCCGGAAUUGGCGGACCUGUUCUUGCGACACGUGUGGAAGCGUUAUGGCAUGCCCGAAAAAACACGCCUGGGAAUAGACCCCCACUUCUCUUUGGCCUACCACCCACAAAGCGAUGGGCAAACUGAGCGCGUAAAUCCUACAGUCGAGCACUUCCUACGGGCCUAUUCAGGGAUCAACCAGAAGGAUUGGGUAAAAUGGCUACCAAUGGCGGAGUUUGCCUAUAACAACGCGGUUCAUAGCGCCACAGGCAAAACUCCAUUCAAGGCACUUUACGCUGACAAUCUGGCCACUCAAAUGGAAGCACAAUGGCGGGAAGUGGAAGCGGCACUCCGGCAAUCAAAAACACGUAUGACAGCCGGGGAGACAGGAGAACCAUUAACCUUCGAAAUUGGGGAAGAGGCCUGGCUAGAUGCCAAAAACGUGAAGCUGAAAACUUUAAGUCCCAAGCUAACGGAACAACGCCUAGGCCCAUUCAAGGUAACCAAAAAAAUUUCCGACCGCGCAUACCGCCUGGAACUCCCACCAUCAAUGAGAAUCCACGAUGUCUUCUACGUAGGACUGCUGUCAAAGGUCAAAAGGGACAAAAACCGCACCUUUGAAAAUCGCCCUCCACCAGUCACCGUGGACGGGGAAGAAGAAUACGAGGUUGAGGGAAUUACGGAUGCCAAAGAAAGGAACGGAAAAUGGUUCUUCCAAGUCAAAUGGAAGGGAUAUGGGUCCAAAGAAACACAAAAAUACGAAAAAGACAUGAAAAAGAAGGCCCUCGGCGCUGCCAAGGCCCUUAGAGGGGGGGCAGUGUCGACACCAGAGGACACCAAACCCCCGGUCGUGGAAGCAACGCCACGCCCCCUAUCAAAAGUCGACCCUAUUGGAUCGACUAGUCGGGUCUCAUUCUGGCCUGAAUCAUCCAAGGGGCUCCCCACCUUUGCCCAGCCCACUCCGGUCCAAGCAGUGCCCCCGCGAGUCCCAUCUCCCCCUCCAUCUCCGCGUCUCCAAUCCCCCAUCGGAGCACCUGCUCCUCCACCUCCGGCUCCAGUUGCCGCCUAUCCCGCUCCGGUCAAGGUUGACCACCCCGACGCCUACACAGGCAAACCUGGACCCGCCUCAACUCCCGCAUGUUCCCCACUGUUGUAG